AUGGGUGUAUUAGGCUCCAAGACUUCCUUUUUGGCUUUCCUCCUAGGCCUCAUUUUUGGCUUUUUUAGCGUCUUCUACAUUUUGCAAAGCCUGUCAUGGGAGGGAUCCAUGCGUCUUGGCCACCAGAUGCCGCAUGGCUCCAAGGAUCUAGAAAGCGUGUUGGCUAAAUCGGGUCUUGUCAGUUCUGCACGCUUACGCAAAGCAGGUGAGGAUAACAGCGUGGCAGAUGAACUCUAUGACAAGGUGCGGAUUCUGUGCUGGGUGAUGACAGGGCCCCAAAACCUGGAGAAGAAAGCCCGCCAUGUCAAGGCCUCUUGGACUCGUCAUUGCAACGUGGUCCUUUUCAUGAGUUCACAGGAAGACAAAGACUUUCCCGCUGUAGGACUGGGUACCAAGGAAGGCAGGGACCAACUCUAUUGGAAAACCAUCAAGGCCUUCCAUUAUGUGCACACACAUCAUUUUGAGCAGGCUGACUGGUUCCUCAAAGCAGACGACGAUACCUUUGUGGUGCUCGAAAACCUCCGGUGGCUGCUCUCCAACUACUCCUCGGACAGGCCCAUCUAUUUUGGGAAGCGCUUCCGGCCCUUUGCCAAGCAAGGCUAUAUGAGUGGGGGCGGGGGCUACGUCCUGAGCAAGGAGGCCCUGCGUCGUUUCGUUGCUGGCUUUGCCACCAAGGUCUGCAGCCACACGUCGCCAGUGGAGGACCUGGCCCUGGGCCAAUGCAUGGAGAAGAUGGGCGUGGAAGCUGGAGACUCCCGGGACACGAGAAAGAGGGAGACCUUCCAUCCUUUUGUGCCCGAGCAGCACUUGACGGCGAAGGUCUCAAAAAGCUCUUGGUACUGGGCUUAUUCCUAUUAUCCUGUUGUGGAGGGACCUCAGUGCUGCUCUGACCUGGCUGUCUCUUUCCACUAUGUGAACACAGAGUGGAUGUACACCCUGGAAUACCUCACCUACCACCUGCGUGCCCAUGGCUACCGCUAUCGCUACCAGCCCCUUUUGCCUGAGUAUGCCUCUCACCUUCAGCCCCAUCCCGCCUUUGGGAAAGACCCUAAGAGGAGCAGCAAUGCCACUGAGCAGGACAAGUUGUAAGAACUGCGUGCAGGUUCAGAGCAAACUCAUCCAGGCUACAGAUGGUGAGGCCUGCCAGUGCCUCAAUCCUGCUGGCCCGUAUGGUUUUUACCGUGUUUUAAACUUCAGUGCCUUCUU